ACGUCUGAUUACCUAAUUGGUUCAGCAGACCUUCCGCGCUCGUCCGACUUUCAAGUCAAAAAUCAACAACCAUGUCGUUUGCAACAGCCGCCUAUAACUCUAUUUUCAAGCGGAACAGCGUAUACGUCGGUUCCGUGUUCGCCGCCGCCUUUGCUUUUGGUAUUGGCUUUGACUCAGGUGUCACUGCUUUUUGGGACUCAUGGAAUAAGGGGAAGCAGUGGAAAGACAUCCGGCAUAAAUACGUGCAGGACGAGGAAUCUUCCAUUACCCUCAAAGUUGACCGUCAUGUUGCACAAGCGGACGAAGUACUAGCUUGUUCGAAUGUCGAAAGUAGUGUCGUCGGCCAGACCAAGGUUCUUCGGAUUGAAUACGAAAACGAACAAAGAUAUCUUUGGAAGUGCGCCAACGACGGUGCUUUUGAUCCAGUGAUUUUUAGAACCCUUUAA